AUGCCUGGAAUCAACGAUCUCCCCGUGGAGUUAGUACAAAAGACUAUGUGCGAGAUGGACCUGAAAGGUCUGCGCCAUAUGUCGGCGUCGUCCUCCGCUUAUCGAGCCAUCUAUAUGGGAGCGAAAAGCUUAAUCCUCAAUCGCGUCCUUAUCAAUGAACUCGGCCUAGAAAUCUUUCAGUUGGCGAUGCUCCGUUACGCCUGCGCCAAUCCCGACUUGAAGCCAGCGGCGGGGACUGUCAUGGUUCAGGCUCAGACCGAGCGUUUAACUCCGAAGAUGAAACUCAACGGAAGGGUAUUCAUAAUCGACGCCAGCAGAUUCCAGUUCCCGAAGACCGCAUUCGACGACGAGGUGGUACGAGAGGUUAUGUCGUUUCACGAAAAGGUCGUGGCUCGUGUGGAUUUGGGCGAGGCCCAGAAGCGACAGGAGACUGCUCGGUACAGUGUGGGGCACAACGUCUUGUUUAACUACUUGCCCGCAGUAAAGUAUCGGAUGGCAACGGCGUUGUAUGCGGCCGAGAUCUUGAGAAAGCUUUGCCCAAGGGAGUACGGCAGAGACCAAAGCCCUGCUAUUAUGGUCAAGCUUAAGCGCCAUCACUGGGUUUCGCUAAUAAAGACGCGCGCACUGGAUAUUCCUUUUGAAGUCGAAGCCGGGACCUAUAGCAGUGAUUGA